GCGCCGUAGAAUAAUAGAUUGAAACCUUGCUCCAGUUGGAGGAGAAACUUGGGAAAAGCCGAACGGUAGUCUAUUGGCGGUGCUUCAGCAAGUGAGGGUAAAGAUGAUAGGGCAGCAGUGAAUUCCUGAGGAGUCAAUGGGUCGACGCGAGCGGAGAAUACGUUGGACGAGGUGCGAGAUGACUUGGAUGCUAGGAGAAAGUAUUGGUCGAAUGAAGUUGCUGCGAAGGUACUCUCCGACUGAAGAAAAGCAUCCUCGUCGGGUAGCACAUCGUCAGAGCCUGAGCCUUCAUCGUGUGUGUCGGCCAUGAUGGCUUGCAAAGGUACUCUGGACGUCGACGCGAUCGGCGACAAGAAAUUCGGUGCACGUGGUUUUCACGGUCAUGUGACUGGCGCGGUUCAGUUUCAGUUCGAGUUGGCAGCCAGCUUUGUUCUCCCCUCCAUCCUCUGGCCCUCUGCGCUUUUUAUCCUCUUCACCCCGCGUAGAACAGGCUUUAAGCGAUACCCGACAACUAUUAAUCCAUGCCUGCUCGUGGUUCCACCUUCGAUUUUAGUAUCGCUGGCGAUGAGCAAGAACAACAUCGGAUUCAACUGGAGAAGAACUUGCAACAUACAGACUUGUCUCUGCAUUUGUCUUCGACGCCUGACGAGUCGGAUGUAGAAUUUCCACGACACAUAUCUGACCCCCACUCUUUUUCUGGUAUGGCCUCCUUCGAUUAUCAUAAUUCAAGAGAUGCCUUCGAUGGUGGAGAGAAUAGUCACUACCAGCCAUGGUCGCUCAGAGCAGACGAUGACGAGGAGGGCAUCCAUCCAUUUGAAGGAACAAUGUCAACUGCCGCGCACCAUGCUAGUGCACUCACUCUCAGUGCUGGCCUUGGUGGCCGCGGCGCUAGGCGGGACGCUAGUAUGAGCGGGGCGGAAUAUGACCCGGAUAGGCCUGUCAAGGGUAUCGUCGCAGGCAUCGACACCAGACGUUACGUCGAGCCAGAUUCAACAAAAUCAAGACAUUAUCCAUCUGCUACAGUUGACUUCGACCCCUUGGUAGUCGAUGAUACGGCUGAGCUUGAGCGUAUUCUCGAACCUCGACCAUCUGCACGACCGGCAGUUUCCCGUUCACCGCAAUCUUCAUCCUCAUCUUCUGACGCGCCUAUCGCGACCCCUCAAUCUCCACGACCUAAACUAUCCGAUGCACUCAGGCAUGCAACCUUUUCACCUAAAAGGCCUCGGAGUGCCCAAUCUCACCGAACCCCCCGUGCCCUGAGGACUGGUGACUCAAGACCGGAGUCCCCUCUUGCACGACAUGCGACGCCUGGACGAAAUCGUAGUACUCAAUCUCUUUCUUAUGCCACACUACCUGAGCCUGUUGUGAAUGUUAAUCCGCCAACGCCUGAACAUGUCAGUGAAGGCUCAACGUUCCCUCGGUUAGCGAAAGGUAUCACGAAGGAAAUCGAGGCUGCUAGGCGAAGCAAAUCCGGGCAAUCUGGUCAUGAUGUCCCUGCCUACGUGCACAGCACCGUUCGUCAGCGAAAUCAUCAUCAAGAGGUUCCGUUGAAGGAAAUUCCAAACCAGUUGGGCGGGACUCCGAGACCGAAUACACGACUAACACCUCGAAGUACAUCUUUCAAGUCUAAGGUCCACCUUCCGGAUAUCACGGGCUUGACUAGCGUGGUUGACUCUCCAGCGAGGGUGGGGCUCAAAUACCUUGGGUACGAUGCAACAGGUGAAGGGGAGGUCGAUGCUCGGAUCCUUGCUACCUUGGGCAUUGUUCAGCAUAAGCUUGCUCACCUGGAGGCCGAGAACAGUAUCUCGCGUCGGCGUGUACGGGAACUUGAGUCUGAGCUCGAGGAGUGUAAGAAAGAAGUUAUCAAGGAGCGGACUAAGAUCCUUGAUCAAUCGGGUGAAAGGCAUUCAAAUCAAGCCAAAGACAGACCAGGAGCAAGGAACAAUGCACGUCAGGACGCGGAGGUCAACUCGAGUCGUUAUCAGGAGGUCGUUGAAGAGAAGAAAGCUCUCGAGGCUUUGAUUUCGACGCUACAAAAUCAUUUAUCUAGGCUCACUGCGGAAAUUUCUGAUCACCACCGACUUCUUGAGGAGCUUCGUUCAUUGCAGGAGCGCGAUAGUCGUUUACUGAAGGAGAAGGGUCGCGAGGUGGAAAAACUACGUCAGGAAGUCGAGAGGCUAUCUGGUGAAGUUGAAGUCCUGCGAGGCGUUGUUGAGGAAGGCCUCAAGGAGAGGCGAGACAUUAGGGAACAUUUAUCCGCGGACCGCGGCCAUGAGAGCAAGGAUGAAGUUGAGCAUUCCGACGAGGAACAAGAGGAAACCACGAGCCAUCAUGAGGAACCAGUCCCGGACCGAAGAGAGCUCGCUAGAUCAACAGCCUCUUCCUCUUCAAGAAGCCAAAUUUCAUCUCGACCAUGUUCGCCCUUCGCCGGUACACCUCGACCACAGUCGCGACUGUCUCAAGCAAGUGGGCGUACAGCUGGGGGCUCGCAACGAGUCAGCGGUACUGCACCGUUCAUCGACCAUGAUGAGCUCACACGGAUCUCACAGGAAGUAGAGGAACGUCGUUCGGAGCGUUCGUUGACUGUCUCCCAAGCCUCGUCCUCACGAUCUCAUUCGAGUACUAAUGAUUUGAGCUCGUACUCUCAAUCGCAGUCCAGUGCUGGUUCCUCACGGCUUCGUCCUCUGGAUGCGGCCAAUGCUCCAAUAGGCGGUCGCGCUACUGAAAAAGCGUCAGAUGCGGGGCCAUCAACUGUUCGCUUUGAUAUAACAGUGGAUCGUGCUGCACAAGAGCCGGAUAAGGAGGCCCCGCCCCGACGGGCGGAACAGCCUCGAAAAUCUUCGCGUACAACUGAUAGGGACGCUGGUCUCCCCCGUGUUCGUGGUACAAACCUAGAACGACUAUUCUACUCCGCCCCACCGCAUGAUGUGCAAACUUGCACUGUGUGUCAUGGGUCGCGAACGCAACGACGUCGUGCGAGUCGUCAGCAGGAUGUUGAAGACGCGUUACCACAGUGGCUCAGAGCUCAGGACAACAGAAGGCAUGCUCGGAACCAGCAUGACGAUGAGGGCUUUGAUGAGGACUCGGAUGAGUUCCAUAGGGAAGAUGUGCGAGAGGAUCUUGCAGAUGAUGCGCUACCACCACAGACGGUUCUUGUCAAGGUUCUCAAGGAGUUGGAGGAUGAUUUCACACAUUAUAAGUUCAUCUACAUUGAGUUAGCAGAUCAGUACAAGGCCAUAGAUUCCACUUCAAAUGUGGCAAAGCGAAAUGUUCUGGCUGAACAUCUGCAAGAUGUCAUUCAAGUACUUGAACGCAAGGGUGAUCAGAUUGCAUCAUUACAUGGACUAUUGACAUUUAAGGAUAAACCUACAAGUGAUACAUAGUGUUUGUACAAAUUUAUAUAAGUACUCUUGACUUUAUGUUAUAAUAGGCCUCUUGUGAUAUGCAGUGAAUAUUAUUUUCUUAAAAUUCUAAUAUACACUGUUUAGCAUAUCUAUAUGAAGUGAAUAGAUGUUUGAAGUAGAUGGACACAGCCUCGCAUAUAGCAGAAAGGUGAUAUCUUAUGAACCAUGUGAUUUAUGACCAUCUUGUGAUGGCUAAAGAUUUGCAGCUCUUGGCUUUAUGCUGCAAAAGGUGUAUAAAAACCUGAUUCAGCA